AUGAAUCAGCCUCCGGAGAACGAAGUUUGUUCGAUAUGCCAUGGCCAUUUCAAUGCUCCUUGCCAAUCCAAUUGUUCCCAUUGGUUCUGCGGGAAUUGCAUUAUGCUUGUAUGGAGGCAUGGAUCAACAUUAAGGCCAUGCAAAUGCCCCUUGUGUCGUCGUCCAAUAAGUUUGCUUGUUCCCUCACAGGAAACAGUGAAUGGUCGAAGUGACGCUACAGUUUCCGAGGUUCUUCGUGACGUUGAGACUUACAACAGAGUCUUUGGUGGACAGUCAAGUGGCCUAGUUCAGAGGAUGAGAGACCUUCCCUUCUUACUCAGAAGGUUGUUUGGAGAAAUGAUGGAUCCUCAAAGAACGCUUCCACUUGUUAUCAGAGCACGUGUUUACAUUGCGUUGAUUCUCAGUGCAAUUUACAUAAUCAGCCCAAUAGAUAUCAUUCCUGAAGGAGUCUUGGGGGUUGUGGGUUUACUAGAUGAUCUACUCAUAGCUCUGAUUUGUUUCCUUCAUGUCGCUGCUCUCUACCGGUCCGUUCUCUAUUUCCGUCAUGCUGGUUCGUGA